GAAUGUGUGCUCCUGCUCUUGCAUGUGUAGAGGUGAGAAAAUGAUCGUAUCUCUAUCCUAAUGCUGCUCGGGCAUCUACGCAAUUUCCUUGUGUGGGAGCUGAGAAUCUCGAUGCGUUCCGCUCUCUAUUAGCUCAAAACGCUGAGGUGCGUCAGCAAUCGCGUGCGAGUGCGUAACGUGGAACCCGACAUGUAUGCGUGUAUCUUUCUUUAAAAUUUACUCUGUAAGAAAAGUAUGAUUUGGCAGGUUGGAGUUGAUCUGUCUGGGCAUCUGUGCAGAGAAGCGCACAAAGGUGAAGGAGAGUUAAAACGCCGAUUUCAAACAAUAUUUCCCGGCUAAUGUAAAGGACACAGUCCAUAUUCUCCUCCUAUGUUCGGAACAAUCUUUGAGAACAUGACUAGUUUAAAGGCGUAUAGUGAGCCGUACGGAAGAGUGGCUUCUGAACCAGUAGAGGACACUGACCCUAGUACCUUUGUUACAGAGAUGUCGCUGAGGUCGAAUUACCCUGUUCAGGUCACUGAUCCACAAGAUAUGAGAGAUCCUGUGACCCUUCAGCUCAGCUCCUUUCCCGCUGGUUACCUGACUCCAUCUGCGCACAGGGUACAACAGCCUGUGGAAAAUGAUGGGAGUGGUUCUUUUCCGUCAGCUUCUGUUUCAUCAGGCUUCAGUAAGGACCAUACGCCCUGUAAGGAGUGUUCUCGUUCCGCCCCUCCACCCAAAAUCAGUGACCUGAUGAACGACGAAGACCUUCUGUACACCCUGCGGUUGAAGCUGGACCCAACUCACUGCACUGUCAAAAACUGGAAGAACUUCGCGAGCCGCUGGGGGAUGAGCUACGACGAGCUCACGCUUCUAGAGCAGCGCACACACGGCUCCACCUAUCACAGUCCCACGCAAGAGUUCCUCAUGCGCUACAACCAGAAACUUGUCACAGAGCUCACCGAACUCUGCCAGACCUACCAGCGCAUCGACGUGCUCAGACUGCUCCAGAGAUGGAUGGAGAACGACUGGCCCUCGCGCUGGCAAAAAGCCCAUUAGCUGGGGAUUAGUGAGAACUGUAACUAGACUUCUACAGGGAAAAGUGUUCCUUGAAUCACAGAGUGAGUCAGAACUCACACUACUGAUGAGUGGUCGAGCAAAAAUAGUGUUUACAGGGUUGUAAACUGGACGGUUUAUUGCUAGGGGUAUUUCAGAACGCAGGGUUAACAUACCAGGAUAUUGAACUUGGUUCAAGGAAACCGGUUCACGGUUAAUGCAGUCAGAAGUGAGAUGGAAGAGAGUUUACGGUGAACACCGAAAGAUGUUCUAAACGGAAACGGACGCCUAAAAAUCUUGCAAAACGCACAAAAUAAUAUGGCGAAACCAGUUUAGGAUUACACAUGACGUGACAAAAACAACAAUUCUGUAGCACUUAAAACAUACAGCAACUGUAUGAAUAAACAAAGUUUACAAUUACAACAUCACACCUUAUCUGUGGUGUGUUUACAGGCGGUUGAGUUGCUUUCUGGAAUACCCCCGAUAUCUAAAUAAAGCAGAUAAUGGUUUCAUGAUAAAUCACGUCUAACAAGGUUGGAGCGAUGUUUAACAAAUAUAUGGAGUUAUCAAGCAGCACAUCAGUAUGUGCUGUACUUGUGUGGUAUUUAAUUUAUUUUUAUUGAGUCAUCUUUACCUCUGGAGUUAUUAGUUGUUUCAUGAAGUGUUACUCACAUUUUUGUUUUUGUGGUUUUGAGUCAUUGUACUCGAGAUCUAAAUAUGUUUUGAGAUGAUUUCUCAUAUGUAGUCAUGUCUGCUCCUGUACAUCGUGUGAAUACAUCACAAAGGAACAUGGCCGGAAAGAUGUCCUAGAGAUUUGCAAUAUUCAAUGUUCAAUAAUCAUGUCCAUUUCAACUGGUUCAAGAGUGGGAUCACUCUUAAUGUGAUGUACUAUAGAAUUUUGUGACAUUGCAAUACAGCAUAUUAUGAAAUAGCUAUUAUGAGAAUUAAUGUAAUUUGGUGGAUUUGGUAUAAAUGGUUUGGUAAUUGGCUGAAUUAAUGGUUAUGAGGGGUUCUUUAAGUGGCCAGUAACAUAAUUGCAUAUCUAGUUCACACCAUUGUGUCUAAUCUAUGUUAAAUGCCCCAUUGCACUGCACUAUGAUAUUUGGUAAGAAUGGCACUUAAACUUAGACGUGUGGAUAUCUCUGGUGUCUCUGGGAAAGAAGUGGUCCAAGAGCAGUAAAACUGCACUAACCAAUGCAUUUUAGAAGUUUUAUAUAUAUAUAUAUAUAUAUAUAUAUAUAGUAUAUAUAUGAUGGUUUUAAAAUGCACGGUUGGGGUUCAAAAUUAUGGUUCAACAUUAUCUACAAGUACAGGUUGUGAGCACAGCACCUUUUUUGAACAGACUCCUUUAAAAACAUUUUGCUUGGGUUUUCUGCCCUGUACACCAGUUUUUGAUUCUCUGUGUCAGAAAAUCCAUAUCUGUUUGUGUGCAUUGGGGCUUUUCUUUGUUUAACAAUAAAACAUGCUGUAUCUGAAUACAUGUCUUAAAGUAUAUCUAUAGUUUCAAAUAUUUUUCCUUAAAGGUCCAGUGUUGAAAUUUAGCAGCAUCUAGCGGCAAGGUUGCGAAUUGCAACCAAUGGUUCACUCCACCCCUCCCUUUCUAAGCACUACGGUGGCUGAAACCGAUAAUGUCGUCACGUUUUCGCUGAAGGAGAUAACGUAUUUAUGAAACACACUCUGUAGAGCAGUUUGUCUCUUUAGGGCUACUGGAGAAGCAAUAUGGCAAUUUUCAUGCAAGGGUGUAGACACACGCUGUAUGUAGAUAGAAAUAGCUCAUUCUAAGGUAUAAAAAACACAAUGCUAUAUAAGGUCUUUAAACACCUCUGAAGACAAUGGACGUUUCUCAAUUCCAAGAACUGAUUUGUGUUCUUUUGGAGAUCGGUCUUGCGAGGCAGCCUCGGAAGAACGGAAUUGGAUGGACACGCCACAGUGACUUCUGGGACAUACGAUGCAUCCUUGAUAUUGAGAACACAUCCUGGUACUUUCAUGCGUUCU